AUGGAGCUGCUGUCGCCGCCGCUCCGCGACGUAGAUUUGACAGGCCCCGACGGCUCCCUCUGCAACUUUGCCUCCGCAGAUGAUUUCUAUGAUGACCCGUGUUUCGACUCUCCGGACCUGCGCUUCUUCGAAGACCUGGACCCGCGCCUCGUGCACGUGGGCGCGCUCCUGAAGCCGGAGGAACAUUCGCACUUCCCUGCUGCAGUGCUCCCGACCCCGGGCGCGCGCGAGGACGAGCAUGUGCGCGCGCCCAGCGGGCACCACCAGGCCGGCCGCUGUCUGCUGUGGGCCUGCAAAGCGUGCAAGCGCAAGACCACUAACGCCGACCGCCGCAAGGCCGCCACCAUGCGCGAGCGGCGCCGCCUGAGCAAAGUCAACGAGGCUUUCGAGACGCUCAAGCGCUGCACGUCCAGCAACCCAAACCAGCGGCUGCCCAAGGUGGAGAUCCUGCGCAACGCGAUUCGCUACAUCGAAGGCCUGCAGGCGCUGCUGCGCGACCAGGACGCCGCGCCCCCUGACGCCGCCGCGGCCUUCUACGCGCCGGGCCCGCUGCCCCCAGGCCGUGGUGGGGAACACUACAGCGGCGACUCAGACGCAUCCAGCCCGCGCUCCAAUUGCUCCGACGGCAUGAUGGAUUACAGCGGCCCCCCGAGCGGUGCCCGGCGCCGGAACUGCUAUGACAGCACCUACUACAGCGAGGCGCCCAGCGAACCCAGGACGGGGAAGAGUGCUGCGGUGUCGAGCCUCGACUGCCUGUCAAGCAUCGUGGAGCGCAUCUCCACCGAGAGCCCCACAGCGCCCGCUCUUCUGCUGGCGGAUGCGCCGCCGGAGUCGUCUCCGGAUCCACAGGAGGCGGCAACCCCGAGUGAGGUCGAGCGUGGCGCCCGCACCCCUUCCCCUGACGCCGCCCCGCAGUGCCCAGGGGGCGCAAACCCCAACCCGAUCUACCAAGUGCUCUGAGGAGGGCGAACGCAUGGGAGGGCUCCGCUGCCUACGCGCCGGAGGGAGAGUGCCCCUAGGGUCGCUCGUACCCAAACGAUUGAGCUUAAAUGCCAACCCCCACUCCCAAACUCGCUUUAAAAGCGACCCCUCCCGAAUUAGGAGAGGCGGGAGAACUGAUGUGUGUUUCCACCUCCCGCACUCCAGAGUAAGGACAUAGUCCUUGUUUUCCACGCAAAACCCUUCCCUGAGACCCGCUGCAAUGGCCUUUCCGAGUUCCUCCUGGGGCCAGAGCUGAUCCUUCAGGGGCCAGACCCUUCCUCUUCCUUUUCCCCUUCCCUAGCGGGGUGGAACCCGCAAAUCUAAGCCCAGCCGCGGACUCUGCAGUUGCUUAAGGGGGCGUGGCCUCUCCUUCCCGGAGCCCCGGCGACCUUGCUGUUCCCCUGCGCCCUCCGGGUGCGCUCGCGUUCCGCGUCUAACAAGUGUAACAGUAACCACUCCACCCCCUCCCCCAGUUCAGGACCACUUUUUGUAACACUUUUGUAAUCUAUUCCUGUAAAUAAGAGUUGCUUUGCCAGAGCAGGAGCCCCUAGGGCUGUAUUUAUCUCUGAAGCAUGGUGUGCGGUGCU